AUGCCUCCUCUGUCGGCUUACACUCCUUUUGAAUCUCUCCUUUUCUUCCAGUCUCUUGCCACCUUGGGUACCCGUCCUAUCAACUUCGCAUCCAUCUCCGAUAUUCUACGUAACAAUACGUUCGUGCGCGAGAAUGUCGCAUUCAACGCGGACAGGCUCAGCCCGGAAGCUCUCGAGGAGUUGUACACGACCUUGAUGCGAGAUGGACUAGAUGGCGCUGGAGCCGCCUCACUUCCCGAACAAAAUGGUGUACAUCCCGAAGGCGCUCAACCCACUAAUCCGCUGAAACGUAAGAUCGCAAGUCCACGUCCGGAGGUGUUAGUUGAUAAGGGAAGAAGCCAUGCUAGCUUUCUUCCCGAGUUAGUGUCUCAUCUCUAUGCCAGAUACAAGGAACUCGCGACCAGAGAGAUUCGGAACGAGGAAAGGAAAUAUAAAGAAAUCAGUGAUGAAAUUGAAAGGCUACAGAAGGGGGAGCGUCAGAAACCCUCACAGGCAGCACCUGCGCCAACGUCUGUACAGGUAUCCACAGCACGAGGAUCACAAGCAAAACAAGACUUUGCGCCAGAGCCCAUGGACUUGGAUGUCAAGGAGGAAAGGCCCGCUCAGCAACUUCGGCAGGAACCCAGCCAACCUGCAGUCCAGCCGCCGUUGGAUUCCAAGGUCAAGCAAAUAGACCAGGAACCGCAGCGCAAGGAUAUUGCACCCUCUCCACCGCAAGAAGAGCUAGUGCAACCGACCGCGCCGUCGACAGCGGCCGCAGCGUUACAACAACCGCAGGUGCAACCCACUCAACCGCCAGCUCAACCGCAUCAGGAACAGCUCCGAGUGGUGCAGAAGCAACCGCAACCACCUAAUGCUCAACAUUUUCCGCACGCGCAUGCUGGAUUACCCUCACAGCCACCGGUUGAUGGUCAGGCAUCCUCGGCAGUCCAACAAGCACCAGCCAACGUGCCUCCGACAGUGUCUUCGGCGCAAAAGGCGAAGAUUGGGCCUGCUGUACCUUCGCAAAAGCCCGCGGCUGCCCCAACUCCGAGCCCGGGCAAUUUGCCAACUUUUACGGCGGCGCCCUUGCAAGCUCAGCAUGACGUUCACAAACCUUCUCCUGUUCCUGCUUCAUCACCAGCUUCAGCAACCAGACCUGCAGGCAAGAAGGGUGCUUCAGCUGCCACGUCUGUCUCAGCAUCUCAACAUCCCACACCCCAGCCAAUAAUUCAGCAGUGGUCCUUACAUCAGCCACCUCAGACUCCGCGCCCACCGCCUUUUACCUACCCGCAACAACAGGCAGAUAAGCGUGCUACGGUGGGGGAACCAUCCGCAACCCCUCUCCAACACACAGCGAAACUCGAGCCUGGAAAGACGUUUCAAGCUACUCCCCAGACGCCUGUACCUUCCACGCCAGGGCCUUCUUCGGCACCGAUCGUAUCGACAGGUGUCAACGGCUAUGCUCGGGGUUACCAGACGCCUGUCGGAGCAGCGCAAGAAUUGCUUUCGGAAGCGCAAAGUGUCCAUCGCCCUCAACUCUCCGUCGAUACGAGAUCUUCUACACCUUGGAAGAAGACACCUCGACUUAGCAUUCCCCUGUCGCCCAGAUCACCGAUUCGACCCCGGCCAGAGGAUGUCAGCCCUAUUAGCGAAAGAGCCCCAUCGCCAAUUGAGUUUUCUGAGCCACUUCCAGAAGAAACAGGAAGCCGCCGAAACAAACGCCGCGCCGUUGAAGAAAAGGGGGCGAAAGCAAUCCAGGAACCCAGCCUAGCGCAAGAUUUGGAACCUAAAGGGCGGCUGAAAGCCAAAGUAGAAAGAGUCACAGGGUCCGCUACUGGAAAGAAACGGGAUCGAAGCACGACCUCCUCAAGAAGCCGAGGAAGGUCCGUAGUAUCCCGCGAUGAGGAAACCGUCGCCGAGGCCGGAAACGGGCCUAUUGGAAAGAUCAAGCAUGAGUUGCCUGGUACACCGGCUAAUAUCCCAGAGACAUCUGAGUUGGAGGGCCGUGCCAGUGGAGCCCGAAAAGGCGCUGCCGCAUUUUCUCAAACCGAAGAACGUCCAGGGAGGGGGCGGCCGAAACGCAAACGCGGGAUCAGUGACGCCCCAGAGCCAGAGCCAGUCCCGACUGAGCCUAGCCGGCCGGAAUCGACACAGUCCGCAUCGUUCGUAUUGUGUCCUCGUAACUUUCCCAGAACUGGAGCACCCAUAAUGAAUGAUGUGACCAUGCAUAAGCAUGCCUCAAUAUUCGCGAAGCCGCUGGCGGAGCGAGAUGCACCUGGGUACCGAGAUCUCAUAUAUCGACCGCAAGAUCUGAAAUCCAUCAAGUCGUCCAUCCAUCAAGGCAGUAGAGCUGUGGCUGCAGCUACAGAAGCUGCGAGCACGCCCGCUGCAGAUGGAGAGUCCCCGGCUCCCAAUGCAGGCACGACUUCCAAGAACGCUGUUCUAGUGCUGCCAAAGACUGAAGAUGUCAUUCCUCCCAAAGCCAUAGUCAACUCGGCACAGCUGGAGAAAGAAUUGAUUCGCAUGUUUUCUAACGCCAUCAUGUUCAAUCCCAUUCCGCAACGUGGGUUCGGACCUGCCUUCCCGAUGAUCAGCGAUAGUGGGUCACGAGAAAGCACGCAAGUCCCCGAACCGGAUGAAGGCGGCAUCAUCAAAGACACUCUGGAGAUGUUCGAAGAUGUCGAGCAAGCGGUGACGAGAUGGCGGGCGGCGGAACGCACUGCUGAUGAACUAGCGAGCAAGAGCGUCUUAUCGCUUCGAAGAGGUAGCACGAGCGAUUUGAACACGGAUAGCGCAGAUGAAGUCAAGGGGUCAUGA